UCCUGGCGCCCGCGGCCCGGCGGAAAGGCAGGAGGCGCCCAGAGUCCCGGGAGGUGGACUUGGCACCCCCAGCCCCGCGGCCCGGGCGCCCCCUCCCGCCCCUUGUGGCAUGGAGUUCGCGGGGCGCGCGCAGGCGGCGCGGGACCGCGUCCCCAGGAUCGAUCCGUACGGGUUUGAAAGGCCUGAGGACUUUGAUUAUGCAGCUUAUGAAGAAUUUUUUUCCACCUACCUGGCGAUACUCACCAGAAGAGCCAUAAAAUGGUCCAGACUUCUAAAGGGAGGCGGUGGUGUCCAGAAGAGUAUGACACUGAAGCGCUACAUCCGGAAGGGCAUCCCGCUGGAGCACCGGGCCCGUGUCUGGAUGGGGGUGAGCGGAGCCCAGGCCCAGAUGGACCAGAACCCCGGCUACUACCGCCAUCUCCUCCAGGGAGAGAGGGAUGACAGCCUGGAGGAGGCCAUCAGGACAGACAUGAACAGGACCUUCCCUGACAACGUGCGGUUCCGGAAGGGCUCGGACCCCUGCUUGCAGAGGACCCUGUACAACGUGCUGCUGGCCUACGGACACCACAACCGCGGCGUGGGCUACUGCCAGGGAAUGAACUUUAUAGCCGGGUAUCUGAUUCUGGUGACAAGGAGUGAAGAGGAGUCCUUCUGGCUGUUGGACGCCCUUGUUGGCAGAAUACUCCCGGAUUACUACAGCCCCUCGAUGCUGGGCCUGAAGACGGACCAGGAGGUCCUCGGGGAGCUGGUAAGGACCAAGCUGCCGGCGGUGGCGGCCCUGAUGGACAGUCACGGCCUGCUGUGGACCCUGGUCGUGUCGCGCUGGUUCAUCUGCCUGUUUGUGGACGUCCUGCCCGUGGAGACUGUGCUUCGCAUCUGGGAUUGUCUGUUCAACGAGGGCUCCAAGAUCAUCUUCCGGGUGGCGCUGACCCUCAUCAAGCAACAUCAGGCCUUGAUCUUGGAAGCCGCCAGCAUCCCCGACAUCUGUGAGAAGUUCAAGGAGAUCACCAGAGGGAACUUCGUGACCGAAUGCCACACCUUCAUGCGGAAAAUCUUCUCGGAGCCUGGGAGCCUGUCCAGAGCCAGCAUCGCCAGGCUGAGGGAGCGUUGCCGGGCCCGGCUGCUGGCGCAGGGCUGACCGGCCUUCAGGGCACCGGGCUGCCACCCGCCGCCUCCACACUCCAGCCCGGAGCAAUUUGUCAUUCUGUAACGUAGCUCUUCGUGUUUCUAAAUACAUAUUUUUACCUGAGACACUG